CUGGUAGAGAACGCCAAUCUCGUGUUUCAAUCAGUACACGCUCUAAAAGAGUGAGAGUAAUAGGAUCUCGAGUACAAACUAAACAUAGAUAUUCAAACAAAUCUGAGUCUUCAAUGACAAACAUUUUUAAACCAAAAUCUUUGACUAAAAUUACAUCCGUAACAGCAGAAUUGCAAGCAAAGAGAAUUCAAUUUCCUAAACCACGUGGUAUAUUGAAGCAAACCACGAUUCAAGAAAGAACUCAUAAAAUAUAUCCCCCUAAACGAACAGAUUCUUAUGUACAUCGUGAUAAGAAGCAAGGUUUACCCGCAUCCAAAUUGAACAAGUUAGCUACUAAAUCUUCGUCCUCAAUGACAACAAUCCUUAGAAGACGAACCCUGUACUCCGUUUCAAAAUCGGAAAUAAAACUAAAACAACCUUCACCAAAACCACGGCCAUUGACGUCUGUUCCUAAAGUUUCAAAGGCUAGAGUUGCAAAACCAAAAUUAUUAUUGGAAGAAAAGGUAAUGAAAAAAAGUCAUGAUAAAGAUAAAGAGCAAAUAACGUCUAAAUCUACAUUGGGGCACGCUCUUUGUGAAUGCCAACCGUCUACUAAAUCGUUUUCAACAAUGACAACUAUUUCUAAAUUGAAGGUCUUAUCGACAGAUGGGGAAUUAAAAGAAAAAGGUUUAAAUAAAACAGGUCGUCACAGGCAGCGUAAAGACAAAAAUUUGUAUACUCGUGAAAAGAAACCAGUCAAAUAUCCACGAAAUUCAUCAUCAAAAUCUUUGUUUUCAAUAACUUUAUCAAAACCUAAACUUCAGAUGAAAGAUACUAUUAAAUCCCCAAAACGUCUCAAACAGGGAAAAAAUGUUAUAUUGAUUCGUCACAAACCAAGACAAAAGAAACUUGCAAAUAAUGAAGGCAAAGAACCUGAAUCUGGAAAAAAACCAGCUAAAUCAAGUUCAUCACAAAAAUUUGCAAUAGAGCUUUCUAAAACACGAAAGCCACUAUUACCGAUCCUAUCGCAGCACAAAAAAAGCGGUUCAUCUAAAAGCAGCCAAGACAGUAAAAUAUCUUAUUUGCAUGAAUCGAUUAGCCAGGCAUUUAAACCUCAUCGCGGAUCAGUUUUGCCAUUUCCAAGAGAAUGUGAACCAUCAAUGUGUAUACCUUAUGAAUGUGACCCUGAAAACUGUGCCCGAAUAUUACUGUCCCAAUCCAAACCUCAAAGAAGAUCAGUAACGUCAAGCACGGAUCAUUUAAAACUUAAAUCAGUAGGCAGUACCGCGUUUUCUCAGAAAACGAGCCCUAAAUCAAAAUAUAUAGUAUCGAAGAGUACUGAGACUUUUACAGGAAAAGUUAAAGGCGUUUCAAAACAUCCGCCUCCUCAAUCAGUUGAAAGGAAUGUACGCGCAGAAAACUCCCAUCCGCAAAGACAAGCUGUAAGAAUUUCAUCAAAUUUCAGUUUUGAUAUUGAAUUUUAUAAAGACAAAUCUCCCAGUUGGAAAGCUGAUGGAACACAAGUUCUUUUACCUAAAUCCCGAAAGAAAAAUAAGCACACAGAUUAUCGUAGAAAAUACAGAGAACGAGGCCAUGGAACGAGUGACUCUCAUUCCCGACAUAACACAUCAUCUCAAUCAAGGUCAUCGCAAUCUUUGAAAAAAAUACAAGUUGGUCAUAAAUUAAAGCGGUGUUUUUGUACUUUAAGACUUUCACAAACGAAAACACCAAAAUUUACGAACUUAGUUUCUAGAAAGCCUAUGGCAUCGUUUCGCAUUAAAGGCUCAGAUAACACGGCUAGUAAAAAACAAACUCAAACUAUAUCAUCAGGCAUUAAAUACCGUUUGACACCUGCUACAUCGCAUCGGUCGCUCCUGCCGUACGAGUGUGAACCUUACUUCUGUACACCCGGUGAAUGCAAUCCUUAUGACUGUGCAGAAAGAAUAAAAGAACGUAACCGAAAAGAAGCUCUUCGUUUUUCUAAAGACACUAACACCAUGGUUGCUAAAAAAAAAUCUAUUUCAACAUUUGCAUCCCAACCUUCAACUAAAUCGUUUUCAAAAGGAAUUCCGUACAAAAUGAACAAACCCAAAAAAAUUAAGUCGAGAUAUUCCUAUUCAUCAAAAGAGGAAUCUAAAGUCUCAUCUGGGAAAAUAGCCAAGCAAGGGGUGCGUAUCGGGUCAAGUUUUACUUUUGAUAUUGAGUUAUCAAAAAAAAAAGAUAUUCAACCUAAUUUACAUGAGCAAGAGACCGUCAAAGGGAUGAAAAAAGAAAAAAUACCUCUACAAAACAAAGGAAUACACAUUCAUCACGAGAGAUCGGGAAAAAAUAAGAAUGUAAAAACUAAACAAACCUACACUGAACACUUUUUACGGAAGUGUUUUUGCACUCUCGGAUUACUCAAAAAAAGCAAGAAGAAAGAAGAAACUGCACGAUUGCACAAUGAAUACGUUUACGUGCAUAAAACUUUUACAACAAACAGAGCAGAUAUUCGUUAUAAUUACGAGAGAUCAAAGAUUCUGCCUUUCGAAUACAAGGUUUUUCCUGAUGAACGUGAAAUUAACUUUCAGAAUAAAUGUUCAAAUACGGCUAAUCUAGCAACUCAACCAACGUUAGGGAAUGUGACACAAGCAAUGAAUUCCUCAAAAACUCAGUAUACGCCGUCGAAGGCUCGUAAUAAAAUGAAUAUUGUAUCAAGCCAAUCAAAACAAAAAGCUUUGCGAGUUGGAUCCACUUAUAGCUUUAGUAUUGACUCGUUAAAGGAAAAAUCACCUCAAAACAGCAAAAAUAGGAAAAAAGCUACUAAAGACAAAAAUCAGACCUAUGAUAAUAAAAAAAUCAGACUGGAGACUAUAGGAUCUGAAGAGUUUGCGCAAAUCCAACAUGUAGCAACAGAUAUAGAACAAAAACCGAAGAAAAAGGGAAAUAGCUUAGCAACUGCUAUAAAAAAAUGCUUUUGUGCAAUCAAAUUUCCUGGUAAUAGCAGUGCAAAACAGCAGAAUAAAAAUAACUUAAGCUAUGGUCACACAAAGACCUCGCAUCCUUUGUUAAAUCCUCUAAUUGAAUUCAAAGAUACAAGAAAAAAUUGCCAAUUACCUAAUCCACACAUAUAUGAGCCCCUACAUUAUUUGAAAAGUGAUGAGUUGGCACGUCAUUUCUGCGUUCCCAAAAUAUUUGAUUCUUACAAUUGCUACGAAGAAGAACUUAAACGGCCCGAGAUAAAACGAUCUUGUGAUCGCUACGUCAACAGUGAAAGACAAAGAAAAUCCUUUAUGAGAACUACUAGCUCGUUCAAUGGUAGUUCGAAGUCUAAAAGUAAUCAAUCCAGACUAUUUCAACGACCAUCUACAAAAGAAAAGAAAAUGAGAGACCCACAAAAAGACACGGGACCUAGCUAUUUCCUCUUGCCGUCGCGUGAUGCUUGUUUUGUGCGAUCUAUACACAACAGAGAAAAUAGCAUUCGAGCGGAUAAGCAUAAGUCUGUAAGUAAAACGUCCACAGCAAACAAAAUGAAGAGCACUAAUGAUAAACAAAUAGCUUUAAGGAAUAGCUUUACACAAUCAGAAAAAGUGAGGAAAGAAGGCAAAGCAUCAAACAUAGGUUACUUACUUAAGAGGUGUUUUUGUACUCUUGGUCUUCAAAAGAAAAAUGCUGCUGCGAAGACACAAUUUCUGAAAUUUGAUAUUCAGAAAAAUCUGCCCUUAACGAGUCAAUUUGUUCAUAUAUUGCCAUCAAAUGAAAAUAGUAAUGUAAAGAAUGUUACAAAAAUAAACUGCCCUGCUCUUGAUGAAAGGUACGGAGGAAUACCUUUAGAAUUGAAAUUACCAAAUGAUCCUUUAAAAGAUUAUAUUUUUGGGCAUCAAACUGGUAAAAAGAAUAUGUUUAAAAACAGUACUGCAUUUGAAAAACGUUUGAAAUCUGGUGUUAAUUUAAAUUUUAAUGAAUAUCAAGUUGGAUAUUUCAUUAAUACGCGAAAGCUGAGUCCGUUUUAUCAGUCAUUUUAUGCGUUAAAUUUAAACGUACCUAAUAACAUACCGAAGAGAGGAUAUGUUCUGGAGGACAAUGAAUGCGAACCUGGGUUUUGUAUACCAUACCAAUGUGAUCCCGUUGAAUGUUUAAAGAGAAUUAAUAGUCGUCUAAAAACAUCUAAGCUAUCUGGAACUAAUCGUCAGGAAUCCAAGUCAGUUGAAUUUAAUGGAAAAUAUAAAGAAUUGAAAAACAAAAUAGUCACACCACGUAGAAGGAAGUCUCACUUCGGUAAAUAUCAAGGAAGUCCUACAAUUAUAGGAUCAAAUGUUAGUGUUAAUAUAGGAGUUUACAAAGAUACUAACCCACAAUUAAGUAACAAACAAAUGUUUGGGACAUCUUUACAUCCAAUUAUGGAAAAAAAUAAGCAAUAUUCUCGCCACGGUAUUCGUAUGAGAUCAGAUGUCCGAAUUGCAAUGUCAUUGUAUAAACAAAAGAAACAAAGAAAUGUCGGUGCCACGUCACCCCCAAGACCGAAACAUUGUAGAGCCAUAGCUUCUCAAUGUACUCAAAGGCAACUUAAACACUCCGAGGCACAAAUCAGUUAUCAAGGUAUAAGUAAAGGUACAGGAAUAUCCCAUUUUUUAUCAAGGUGUUUUUGUACGUCCAAAUUGAAAAAUGAAAGUCAAAGAAUACCUGAAAAAAGAAAAAAGGGUGGCAAGGACAAAACCAAAAAUGCUCCAGAGAAUAAAAAGACAGAACCGAAGAAACCUAAAAAGAACAAAAAAAAUGCCAUGUCUGAGAAGUCCCAGACAGGUCAACAAAAAUAUAAAAAGAUAUGUAAAGGGUUCGAAUGUGGAGGGAUAUCGUUUAAUAAACCAUGUCGUCAUAGUAUUGGUCCAUUAUAUCCAAAAUUUAAAUCUACGGCAAGUCUGAGGUCAAGAAAAAAUAUUAAAUCCAGGUCUUUUCAGUCUAAGGGUAAAGAUUGGUCAUCUCCGUCUAACUGCUGCGUUCAAAAGCAACUCCAUUAUGGAGACAAUUCAUUAAGACAGUCACGUAAUGUGACGUUUGGCUCAAACAUACAUUUUGGUAUGGAAUUCUACAAAGAUCGAUCUCAGGGUAAAGGAGACCAAGUGCAAUACGGUCCAAAAGCAGACAUCUUUAAGUUCAAAAACCCAAAAACAAAAACCUUGAAAGGCGAAAACUCACCAACGGGUCAAGGAUAUUAUGGAAGCUUGUUGCAUCCUUACCAAUGCGAAAUUAACACGUGUAUACCAAGCAAAUGCUCCCCGGUUCAAUGUGAAAAGCAUAUCAAUAAACGUCGGUUAAGAUCAAAAAAUACAAAAGUAAACAAUGAUAGAAAUGCACCAUCCGCACCAUCUGUCUUCACUGAUACAGAAUUGGGGAUUAUUCAGCCGUACAUGAGUAAAACGUCCAAGACAGGCAAAUACACUACUUCAUCAUCAACGCAAAAUUACGAAGACAAAUCGAUAUUAACUAAUAGGCAAAAUAAAUCAGUUUUGAAAUGCUUCUGUGUUUUAACGCAGAGAACAUGUAAUCCGACAUGCCAAGUUCUGCAACAAGAAAAGUGCACGAACACGAAAUGCAAGAAAGCGAAUUUAAAUAACUUUGUAGACAAAUGCUUGUGUACUUUAAAACAUUUGAAAGGAAAUAAACAUUUAGCGCUAAAACCAAGUACACAACAAAUUGCAACUAUACCAAUGAAAACAGGUAUAAAAUUUGAAAAGAAAGUGAAAACUCAGCAAACAUCUACGCUAGACAGGGAAAUGGAAACUAUAAUGCCUUAUUCAAAGAAAAAGUUCAAAAAACUUGAAAGUAAAACGAAACUUAAACAAGAAGCAAUGAUGAACUACAGAGGUGGAAUUGGUGAUCGAAAUUCCCCAAAAGUUGUCCAGUUUUGUCCAGUGUGCAAAAAUCUGACGACCCAACAAUCAAGCAAACAAUCCCGCAACACUUGUCGCUGCUCACGUAAGAACUGCUUGUGCUUUGAAGGAGAGGGAGAGAGGAGAGGAAAGGUGAGAGGGGAGGGAGGAGGUGAUCAAGAUCAAACAUUAUGCCCUGUGUGCUUUCCUAAAGCGUCUGGAAAACACAAUAAGAAAGCAAAGAAAUAUAAAGGCACUCUGCAAGAUGAAGAACAAUGCCCGAAGUCAGAAUGCCCAUGUUGCAAAAGAGUUUUAAGCCUCGAAACUAUCACGAAAUUACCUCAAAACGUCAAAAAAUGCGUAAAGAACAAAAUAUGCAGUUUUUUCACAUGUAACAACAAAGCAAUUAAAAACAUUGAUUCAGAUCCACUAUUUGAAUUGUUAGUCAACAAACACAAUAUGAAUAUACUGAACAGAGAUGAAGUACUUAAAAAUUUAGGCUCAAGUGGUAAGGAGUCUAAAGCUAUGAAGAAAGCACGUAAAGCUAUCGAAAAAGGAGAAAUCUCGUCACCGCUUAUGAAAAUGAUAAUAGACAAACAGAGCGCAAGAAUAAUUAACAGGGAUGAUAUUAUUAAUCAAAUUAAUAAACAGAAGCGGGGAAAGGCUAAGGAGCAGGCCAAAAUCGCAGCGCUAUUAGGAUUAGAUAUUUAUCCUCAAAGUGAACGCAAAAUCUCUGCAAUGACUCAUGGCAGCAAAUGUAAAUGCUGUGUAUGUGCCAAAAACAGGAAAAAGAACAUCAAGAAAGGUACACCUAAACCGAAACCGAAGGCUCGUAAGUUAAAACCUUGCAUUUGUGGAAGCGUCAUUUGUAAAAGGAAUUGGCAAAAAUUAAAAAGAGAAGAAAGAUCAAUUAAGAGCUUAAAAAUAAAACCUUGUGUUUGCGGGAGUGACAUAUGUAAACAGGAGGCACAAAAAAUGCCAGAAGUGUUAUUACAGGCUGCGCGGCGAGCUCAAGAAGACAAGGAAAGGGUAGAACAAGCUACAAUUAAAGAGAAGAAAUACCAAAAAGGAAGAGGGGAGCGUAAAAAGUUGCAUGCCAAAGAAGAUAAAAAGCUACUCAAGAAAAGGAAGAAAGAAGACAAGCGUGAAAUGAAAUUAGUCAAGAAUUAUGAAAAUCCGUCAAGUGUACUUAUGGUGGCAGAAUCAUUGGUCGAUUUAGGCAGUUUAGGCGCAAAAGUGUUUUGUGACGUUAUGAAAUCGGCAGUUAGAGUAGCGAAACAUCCAAGAGAUGGCGUGUAUCAUAUAAAAGAUGCAGUUCGGGAUCCAAGUCGUGCAGCCAAAAAAUUUAGGAAAAGUCUAAAAGGAAUGGGCUUAUUCUCCACGUUCGCUCGAAUAAAACGUAGAUUGAUAAAGAUGCCAGUAACUAAGGGCGCUAUAAGUAAACUAGAAUCUGUUCCCGUUACAAACUAUUUAGUUCACAUGGCUGAUAAGGACCCGAAGCAAAGAGUAAAUAAAUUUAAAAAGAAACGAUAUAGGGAACCAGUCGAUUUCCAAUGCAGUCUUUUCAUGGCAACUCUGAAAAAGAAACCUUGUUUGAAAAUUUAUUACAUGUGCCCCUGGUUCUAUCCACAUUGUUUAGGGUUGCUUAAAAUCUGGCAGCAGUUUAUUGAUAUCGUAAUAUUCGCUUUAGCUGUUGUAGUGUGGAGUCCUUGUAUACUCACUAUGGAAGUUCUCAGAUACUUGAUGUGUUUCUUGUUCUGUUCAGCGUGAUGUAUGAUGAUAGCUUUUAUUUUCGACGCACCUAUUAAAUAAAUCA